AUGAAACUUGGCGAAGCUAUAGUACCUAGUCGUGAAACGGUUGUCGCGUGUAAAUUAACAGAUCCACAGCAAAAACGAAGACGUCGUCGACGGACGUAUUUUUCCACUGAAGCUCUAUCAAUUCUGACAGAGUUUUAUGCAAAGAACUCUAGACCGAAAGGAGCUGAUUUUGGUGCAUUGGCAACUCGCAUAGGAUGUGAUAGAGAAUCUGUUCGUGUAUGGUUUUGCAAUAGACGUCAAUUCGACCAACAGUGUUCUAAGAAAGGAUAA